AAAAGUGGGAGACGUUACAAUAAUUAGAAAAAUUAAUGAGAAAGGGAAUUAUUCUGAAAUAAAUCCGGAUUGGGGGAUUUGCUAUAAAUGUCCUAUAAUCUCUGCAAUAUGAUUUGCUGAAAUUAUGAUAGACAUGUCCAGUUGAGGAAACUGCUGGGGAGAAGAGCCAGAGAGGAGCCAGGAGGCAGUUAGUUUUUCUGACAGUUUCAGUGACUUGAAGGUCUCAGGACCAACGGGCCGCCAAUAAUGAACUUGACCGCUGAAGAAAUGCACCCUGGGAAGGUGAUCAUGCCUCGGAUUGGUUACACCAUUCUGGCAUUGAUAAUGGCCGUAUUCUGUGCCGCCUCUCUAGUACUCAAUGUCACUGUUAUUGUGGUGACUUUCAAAUAUCGCCAAUUGCGCCAUCCCAUUAACUACUCGCUGGUCAACCUGGCGAUUGCCGACCUCGGUGUCACCAUUCUGGGAGGCGCGUUAACAGUGGAGACCAAUGCCGUGGGCUACUUCAACCUGGGGAGAGUGGGUUGUGUCAUUGAAGGUUUUGCCGUGGCAUUUUUUGGCAUCGCAGGUCUGUGCACCAUUGCAGUAAUAGCUGUGGAUCGAGUGUUUGUGGUGUGCAAACCCAUGGGAACGCUCACAUUUACCUCAAAGCAGGCGUUAGCCGGAAUAGCUGCCUCUUGGAUCUGGUCUCUCAUAUGGAAUACGCCCCCACUGUUUGGCUGGGGAAGCUACGAGCUAGAAGGUGUGAUGACAUCAUGUGCCCCCAACUGGUACAGCGAUGACCCAGUUAAUAUGUCCUACAUCAUCUGUUAUUUCUGCUUCUGCUUUGCCAUCCCGUUCCUAAUCAUCGUGGGAUCUUAUGGAUACCUAAUGUGGACUCUACGACAGGUUGCCAAAUUGGGGGUAGCAGAAGGAGGAACAACAAGUAAAGCAGAAGUGCAAGUCUCCCGUAUGGUGAUCAUGAUGAUCUUGGCUUUUCUCAUCUGUUGGCUCCCAUAUGCUGCCUUUGCCAUGACGGUAGUGGCCAAUCCCGGAAUGUACAUCAACCCAAUUAUAGCCACAGUACCCAUGUACCUGACCAAAACCAGCACCGUCUAUAAUCCAAUUAUCUACAUUUUCAUGAACAAGCAGUUCCAAGAGUGUGUCAUCCCCUUUCUUUUCUGUGGGAGAAAUCCAUGGGCUGCAGAAAAGUCUAGUUCCAUGAUGGAAACUUCUGUCACUGUAACAAGCGGCACGCCAACGAAACGUGGUCAAGUGGCUCCAGAGUAACCCGACUUAAAUGGCUGCAUCCCAGUAAGAAAUGGCUUUAUCUCCAGUGUUUCAUUCUUUGUAUUCCCGCAAACCUACAUUGGAUGAAACUUCUUUCAGUCCUUGAAUGAUUGCUGCUCAGACACAGAUCAUCAAAACUGUUCCUGAUUUUGGGUUAUAGAUCAUCUUUACAGAUCAUGGAUAUUCCCCCAAGGGCUCAAUUAUGAAGCAUUUUGUCAUGUUACAAUAUAUUGGUGUCACUACAUACAGCAACAAACCAAAUGGACUCUAAGUAGACAACAAGUCUGGUAUAAACCAAUGCUAAGGACUUGUUUUUUAUAAGACGUAGCACUGAAUGUCGGCAUCGUCUGUAUAGUAUUGUAGCUCCAUUAAUA